CUUGAUUUCUCCUUCCCCAAACUAGUACCUCUCAUCCUGAUUGUGCUGAAAUCCACCCCGUUAGACACGUUCUCUGAAUUGAAAAGCGACAUAAAUAGCGUGCUCCGCGCAACUUCUGAACCUCCAAAUGCCAUCUAACCUCACCGUCUCCCCAUUAACCCCUGAAGAGGCCCAUCUCUACGUUUCUGUCCGCCAUGAAACCUUCAGGCCCACCAUAAACAAAAUACUGUAUUCCCGGGAACCCUCUCAGGCUACGCUCGAUGGCGUCACCCAGGGAAUUUGCACGGACAUCGCUAAAGGCACCGCCCUAUACAUGAAGGUUACGGAUGAUGAAACUGGGGAGAUGAUUGCGGGUUCAAAGUGGGGAUUUGUCCCGCCGAAUUUGGUAUGCGAAGACGGUCAAGGGGUGGGAGAAGGCGGAAACGAAAUAUUUAAGAGAAGGGAAAGAACGUGGGAAGAAGUUGAAGCCGGGUUGACGAUCCCGACACCGUACGAUGAGAGCAAUGUCGGGGUCUGGAACAAGUUAUUUACACUGCUGAAUUCGAACAAGCGCGAGAUAAUGCAAACGCGUCCGUAUUUGAUCCUUGAAACACUGGUUACUCACCCAUCGCACCACCGCCGCGGCGCAGGCGGAAUGCUCGUCCAAUGGGGCUGCGACCAGGCAGAUACAAACGACUUGGAAGCAUACUUGGAAGCGUCGCCAAUGGGUGCUCCGUUGUACGAGCGUUUUGGCUUUCAACGCGUGAAGGAUAUUCAGCUUGACUUGCGGGAAUUUGGCGGUGAGGUGUUUACGUUUAUUAUAAUGGUACGACCUACGAGGGCUGUUCUGUGAACGGUUGUACAGCCUCUUGACGGGCCGUGGGCUCUUGGUUGUUGCUACCCCAGGCAUUCCGUCUGCCUGUGAUUGAAUGGGAGGAAAUAUAUUUCUUCUAGAAUAUGCAGUCUAUGCCUCAUACCUAUGCAUACUCUAAGAAAUUUG